GCCAAUCGGCGCAAGGCGCCAGCUGAGUGAGUACGCGCGUUUUCUGUUUAACAUGGCGGAGGCGGGCUCCUCAGUUAGCGUGCGAAGCAAUGCGGGCCGAGAAAAUGCGGAUUCUCCAGAGAAGGAGGCGGCGGAAGACGACGCGGGGCUGCUCCAGUGCCUGAUGCAGCAGGAGACCCCGACAGAGGAGAAGAACGCGGAGCUUGUGGCCGAGGCGGAGGCCGUGGCUGCGGGCUGGAUGCUCGACUUCCUCUGCCUGUCGCUGUGCCGAGCCUUCCGCGACGGCCGCUCCGAGGACUUUCACCGGACUCGUGACAGCGCCGAGGCUAUUAUUCAUGGACUACCCAGUCUUACAGCUUACCAAUUGAAAACUGUAUAUAUAUGUCAGUUUUUGACAAGAGUUGCAGCAGGAAAGUCCCUUGAUGCACAGUUUGAAGUUGAUGAGCGGAUUACCCCCUUGGAAUCAGCCCUGAUGGUUUGGGACUCAAUUGAAAAGGAACAUGAUAGACUGCAUGCGGAAAUAAAGAACUUAAUUAAAAUUCAGGCUGUAGCUGUUUGUAUGGAAAUUGGCAGCUUUAAGGAAGCAGAAGAAGUUUUUGAAAGAAUAUUUGGUGAUCCAGAAUCUCACACGCAUUUAGAAAGAAAAUUACGUAAGAUAAUCUCUCAGAAAGAUGUGUUCCACUCCGUUUUUCAACACUUCAGCUAUAACUACAUGAUGGAGAAAAUUCAGAGUUAUGUGGACUGUGUGUUAAAUGAGAAAUCAUCAACUUUCCUAAUAAAGGCAGCAACAAAAGUAGUGGAAAAUGAGAAAGCAAGGACACUAGCUUCUAAGGAUAAACCAGAUGCUACCAGCACUGGAACAGAAACUGAAGUUCAUUUGAGUAAAGAGAAAAGUGUUAAUGGCCAACAGUCUACAGAAACUGAAUCCUUAGUGGAUACAGUAUCCUCAGUAAGGUCUCACAAGAACUUAUCUCAGUUGAACCACAGAAGUAGUCAACCAGAUUUCAGUAGGAACGAAGCAAGAAGAGGAACUCUUAAAUGUGGAAUAACAACAGAAAGAAACAGAAGAACCAGUGGAAGUAAAAAAUUAUGUGUUUCAAAGAAUCAGCCAGACACUAGUGAAAAACAUGGGCGGCGCAAGAAAAAACAGACAUGGCUUUGGGAAGAAGACAGAAGUUUGAAGUGUGGUGUGAAGAAAUUUGGAGAAGGAAAUUGGGCUAAAAUACUAUCCCAUUAUAAGUUCAACAACCGAACAAGUGUCAUGUUAAAAGAUAGGUGGAGAACGAUGAAGAGACUGAGACUGAUUAGCUGAGACACUGAAGGCUGGAUGGGUUUGUUUCAGCUUAAUGAAAGGACAUUUAAAUGCUUGGAUCACUACAUUUUGUUACAACUUCCUGGUCAGUAACGAUAAGGCGUGUGCGUGCAUGCGUGUGUGCGUGUGUGUGUGUGUGUGUGUGUGUGUGUGUGUGUGUGUGUGUGUGUGUCAGUCAGAGAGAGACAGGAUUGUGUUAUAGGAAAUUUGUGCUGAAAAAGUAUAUGCCAUCAUUUUUUUCUAUAAGAAUCUUUAUUUUUGUAAAAUAUAGAUACAUUGAACCCUACCAAAUUCAGUGCCCCAUCCCAUGUUCCGUUUUAAUAUGGAAGUGCCUGAUGAGAUAAAAAGUAUUUAUGACUAGUUACUGUUUGCUCUAUUCCAUGUCUGUAAACUAACCUAACAAAAUACCACCUAGAGAUUUUUUUUUAAAGAAUUAAAGUGGAAUAAUCCUUUGAUGUGA